GGUGGCGAUAUGCACACAGGAUACAACGCGCCAAAAAAAACAGAAGAAGAAGAAGAAAAUCUAGCCGGGAACGUGAAUAACCACGCUUACAGUUUAGACUGUUUUGUAAUGAGUGCUUUACAUAUACAUUCUGUUAGACUUUUCUGUAUAGAAUAUUACAUUAGUGGUCGCGAGUGAUUCUUAUGUUUGCAGCAGUGGAAAAAGGUUUUAUCGGUAGCCUGUUACGUAGCCUGCUAGCAAACACUAAUGCAAAAACUGGCAUUUGGAUUAGCUAGCUAGCUAGCUAGCCAGCCAGUUGUGAGCUUCUGCAAAUGCCAAGUUUAGUAUAAUAUAAUUGUCUGCAUCUCUUCUUUAUUUAAUUCGUAUUUUCUGUUAUAUAGUUGCCGUGUAACCCCAUUCUUUUUUUACACGCACGUUUACUCGCUGCCCGCGCGAUGCCUACACUUCCUCAUAACAAUUUAAAAGAGCAGCUCGAGCGGCACAGCAGCGCAGCCGCGCGAAGCAAGUCUCUGGCCAGAUCAAAGCCUGGGACAUUUUGCUUUAAAAAGAAGUGUACACCAGGCAGUGCCAAAGCUGAAGUGCCUCAAAAGCUUCCAGGCAAAGCCAAGACACAGACAUUCAACCCAGUAGUCAACCCAUUUGCAGUGAGCAAACCUAGCCUUGUUGAGCUUUCCAUCAGCAGAUUGCAUAAACCACAAAAAAACAGACUCACAGGCACCAAUGGAGGCAAAGCUGUAGGAUUAGCUGAGGAUUACAUCUCGUCUGCUAUUCCCUUGGACGACUGGGACCACUUUGAUGAUUUUGAAACUCCAGUCAAGGGAGAAAGAGCAGGACCAGACAAAGACCUAUCACCUAAAGGUGCUAGAGCUCAGACUUGCAGCACUGAGAAUAGGGAUUUGCCAAUAGUGGGAUCUUUUGGCACGUCAGACAAAGCUUGCUUUGUUUCAAAAAAAAUUCUUGCUGUUGAUCAGGGUGGUGCCCAGUCAGGACAUACUGAUGGUGAAUCCCCCAUCAAUACAACAAAACAUUUAAUUUCAGUUAAACACAAGUCUCUGCUAAGUGACUGUGAAGACAAGAGCAUUGCCACUGGCAUUAAGGCUACUGAUAAAAUUGUGGGGGAUUUCAACUGUUCAACAGCAGGCAAUUUGAAGUCACCAUCGGGGUUUGAUGAUACUCUCUUCAGUGUUAUGGAGUCUAUUUGUUGUCUAGUGGACACAAUCCCUGAACAUGAGCUUAUAUCCCUUACUUGUGGCACAGAAUUGCUUUUACUGAGAGCUCACAGGAAAAGGAUUGUAGCUGAUGCUGCAUUGUUGGAAAAUCAGCAGUCAGACAGAGGAACCAACACUCACCCUAGGUUGCUUCACAAAGCUACUUCUGCUGUCACAAGCAAAGGCGAUCGUUCAUCUACACACUUUCAGUUCAAUAAAUCCAAUGCUUCUGUUAUAUCUCUGGAUUGCAACAAUAGUAUCUUUAAAGAUUCAGACUGCAUUAUCAAUGAUGUGGUUAAAGGAGAUGCCUGCAGCCUGAAUCCUUCCCUUAUACAGGCUGAUAAUCAACACAAGGGAAAAAUCUCAGGCCUGAACAAUGGUAAUGUAAACAUUCAACCUGGAGAAUGUUCUUUGAGUCUGUCCUUCAAUCAGUCAAAUGGUCAGACUGUGGCUCAAGAGAAAAUGGUACAUUUCACCUCUCCUAAGAAUACAAUGGAGGUGGACAGAAAGAAUGUGGACAGCAACGCAUUAGUUGGAGGGGCUGGUUUACAAGACCACAAAGAAUCAGAUGACAUAGGUGACUUCUGCAUAAGUGACUUUGACAUUGAUGACUUCAGUGAGAAUGAUAUCCCAGAUUAUUGUGAAGAACCUGCAGCUUUCUCUGUGACAGGGAGUUCCAGUGCCCUACCACAGCCAUUUUGUGAAGGAGGACUCUCGAACUCCUAUGAGGUUGCAUCCAGAAAUCUAGCACAUGAUCGCUUCUGGGGCUUCAACUUUCCCCACUCUCCAGAGAUGAUGAAGAUUUUCCACAAGAAGUUUGGUCUUCAUCAGUUCAGAUUCAAUCAGCUAGAAGCCAUCAAUGCUACUCUGCUGGGAGAGGACACAUUUGUGCUAAUGCCUACAGGAGGGGGUAAAAGCCUUUGCUAUCAGCUGCCUGCUUGUGUCUCCGCUGGAGUGACUGUGGUGAUAUCUCCACUUCGUUCCCUUAUUGUGGAUCAGGUCCAGAAGCUUACAGCUUUAGAUGUCCCUGCCACUAGCUUGUCUGGGGAAAAAAGUGACUAUGAGGCUGGACGAAUCUACAUGCAGCUUUCUAAGAACGAUCCAGUCAUCAAACUGCUUUAUGCCACUCCUGAAAAGAUCUGUGCAAGUGGGAGGAUGAUCAGUGCUCUGCAGAAUCUGUAUGAACGAGGUCUGCUUGCUCGUUUUGUCAUCGAUGAGGCACACUGUGUCAGCCAGUGGGGACAUGACUUCAGGCCAGACUAUAAGCGGAUGCAUGAACUGCGCCAGAAGUUUCCCAAAGUUCCUAUCAUGGCACUGACAGCCACAGCCACACCUCGGGUCCAGAAGGACAUCCUUAACCAGUUGGCUAUGACUCGACCACAAGUAUUCUCAAUGAGCUUCAACAGGCACAAUCUCAUAUAUUCUGUAUUACCUAAAAAGCCCAAGAAAGUCGGAGAGGACUGUAUUAACUGGAUCAAGAAACACUAUCCAUACGACUCAGGAAUUGUAUACUGCCUGUCACGGAAUGACUGUGACAGCAUGGCAGAUAGUCUUCAGAGGGCAGGUAUUGCAGCCCUAGCAUACCACGCUGGGAUAAAUGACAGUGACCGAGAGUAUGUCCAAAACAAGUGGAUCAACCAGGAUGGUUGUCAAGUCAUAUGUGCCACCAUUGCAUUUGGCAUGGGCAUUGACAAGCCUGAUGUACGUUAUGUGAUCCAUGCCAGCCUACCCAAGUCAGUGGAGGGCUACUACCAAGAAUCAGGCAGAGCUGGCCGGGAUGGAGAGAUCUCCCACUGCAUUCUCUUCUAUUCUUACACAGAUGUCAUUCGCAUCAAAAGACUAAUAGCCUUAGACAAAGAAGGCAACCACCAAUCCAAAGCCACUCACAUAAACAACCUGCACAGCAUGGUACAUUACUGUGAAAAUGUGACAGAGUGUAGGAGGAUUCAGCUUCUUGCAUAUUUCGGAGAACACAAAUUUAAUACAGAAUUCUGCAGGCAGUAUCCAGAGGUCAUCUGUGACAACUGUGCCCGACCACACCAAUACAAUGCAAGAAAUGUGACUGAGGAUGUGAAGAAGAUUGUACGAUUCAUACAGGAAAACUGUGAGAAGGUCGGUGGCAAAUGUCCCAGAUUUUUGCAGCAAAACAGACUCACUCUGAACAUGCUGGUUGACAUUUUUCUGGGCUCGAAAAGUGCCCGAAUCAAGUCAGGCAUGUAUGGGAUUGGAGCAGCGUACUCCAAACACAAUGCAGAAAGGCUCUUUAAGAAACUAGUGCUGGACCACAUUCUCGUGGAGGAUCUGUAUAUUACUAAUAAUGGACAAGCUGUGGCCUACAUAUCAGCUGGCCUUAAAGCCAUGGACGUCAUCAAUGGCAUCAUACAGGUGAAUUUCCAUGAGACUGAGAGUGCCUCUAGCAUUAGAAAGCACAAAGCCACUGUGACCAAGAGUGUCUCUAAGAGGGAGGAAAUGGUGAAGAGGUGUCUGGAAGAGCUUAAUGAGCUGUGUAAAAAGCUUGGCAAAGUGUUUGGUCUUCAUUACUACAACAUCUUCUCCACAGCCACUUUGAAAAAGAUUGCUGAAACACUGUCUACUGACCCUGAGGUGUUGCUGCAGAUUGAUGGCGUGACUGAGGACAAACUGGAGAAGUAUGGAGCUGAGCUCAUUGAGCUACUGGAGAAAUAUUCAAAAUGGCAGCUGUCAGGAUUCUUCGUCGUCUUCUUAUUCUCUUCUUCUUUUCCUGGCUGUGCAGACCAAACUAAGUUGAGGAGCAGGCUGAGGGCUCUCAUUCUACUGAUGAUUAUUAUGACAGAGAUGGCAGCAUGUCUGCCUACUUCAGGAGCAGCAAAGGUCAAGGAGAAAAGAGAAAGAAACCACCCUUAUCAAAGAACUCCAAAAGACGCAGGGGUUACAACAACCAGAACUUCUCUAAACGUGGAAACCAGUCUUCAUCUAAAGGAAGACACAUAGGUGCAGAUCGAGUUUCUAAACAUGCUCCUUCAGCACCAGCAAGGAGGAAACCUGGCUUCAUGGCUCUGCCCAUUCCUCAGCGUGCUGAGCGGCCAUUCCUCAAACCUGCCUUCUCUCAACUUGGCUGAGUCCACAAGCACUGCUUUUUUCUCUUUGAGCUAAACCUGUGUAUAUUUUUGUAAAGUAUAUAUAUUCUGCUUUUUUGCCUGUAUUUCUUGUAUAUUUUAAGCCCAUAUUUUGUAUUAUUUUGUGUUGAACUGUCUAGUUUAAGGAAACAACGGAUUUUUAUUUGUUUUUAUAUUACUUUUAGAAUUAAAGUAAUUCAGCAUAUACCCUGACAUAAAUGACUAUCAAAUUUAGAAAUAGCUUUAAUUUUGCAACUUUGAUGCAACGAUCAGUUCUAAGUUCUAUGUUCAGUAUAGUUUGCAAUAGAUUUUUACAAAAAAAUAAAAUAAAAUAGGUAUUGCUUAAGUAUUCACCCCUGUUAAUAUAAACACCAAAAAUUCAUUCUAUGCAGUCAGUGACCAACAAAAUUCACAUACUUGGCUGAAUGCAGUCCACCUCUAUGAAAUAAGUGUCACAAGCUUCUCUGACUAAUGCUCUCCUUACUCGCUCACUGAUUUUUGAUGGGCAACCUCCUCUAACCAUGCUUGUGGUUAUGCUAUAUUCUUUCUAUUUUUUAAUAAUGGAUUUAAUGAUGCUCUGCCAGAUGUUCAAAGUUUGGGAUUUUUUUUUUAGUAACCAAACCCUGAUUUAUACUUUUCCAUUUUUUUUCAUAGACUUGUUUUGAUAGUGCCUUGGUCUUCAUGAUGUUUGUUUAGGUACACUCACCAUCUAGUUUAUUGAGAACACCUGCAUGCAGUUAUCUAAUCAGCCAAUCAUGUGGCAGCAGCACAAUGCAAAAAAAAAAAAAAAAAAUCAUGAAGAUACAGGUCAAGAACUUUAGUUAAUGUUCACAUCAGAAUGAAGAAAAAGCGUGAUCUCUGUGACUAUGAUUGUGGCUUGGUUAUUGGUACCACAUGAGCUAGUUAGAGUAUUUCAGAAACUGCUGAUCUCCUGGGAAUUUUAUACACAACAGUCUCUAGAUUUUACAUGGAAUGGUGUGAAAAACAAAAAAACAUUGAGUGAGUGACAGUUCUGUGGGUGGAAAAGAGAGGUCAGAGGAAAAUGGCCAGAUUGGUUUGAACUGCCAGGAAGGAUAUUGUAAUUCAUUCACUCUUUACAACUGUGGUGAGCAGAAAAGCAUCUCAGCAUGCACAAAACAUCAACCUUGAGGUGGAUGGGCUACAACAGCAGAGGACCAGAUUGGGUUUCACUCCUGUCAGCCAAUAACAGGAAACUGAGGCUAUCAUGGGCACAGGCUCAGGCAAACUGGACAGUUGAAGAUUGAAAAUAAAUCACCCGGUCUUUUUCCAGUCUUCAACUGUCCAGUUUCGGUGAGUCUGUGCCCAUGAUAGCCUCAGAUUCUUGUUCUGGCUGACAGGAGUGUAACCUUAUGUGGCCUCCUGCUGUUGUAGCCUGUCCUCCUCAAGGGUUGAUGUUUUGUGCAUUCUGAGAUGCUUUUCUGCUCACCACAUUUGUAAAGAGUGCUUAUUUGAGUAACUAUAGACUUCAUGGCAGCUCAAGCCAGUCUGGUCAUUUUACUCUGAUCUCUCUCAUCAACAAGGUGUUUCAGCCUACAGACCCUCUGCUCACAGCAUAUUUUACCAUUCUGUGUAAACUCUAGAGACUGUUGUAUGUGAAAAUCCCAGGAGAUCAGCAGUAUCUGAAAUAAUCAAACCAGCCCAUCUGGCACCAACAUCCAGGCCAUGGUUAAAGUCACAGAGAUCACAUUUUUUCCCCAUUCUGUUGUUUGAUGUGAACAUGAUUUUAUGCAUUGUGCAGCUGCCACAUGAUUGAGUGAUGAGAUAACUGCAUGCAUGUACAGGUGUUCCUAAUAAAGUGGAUGGUGAGCGUAUAUACUUGAACAAAUUCUGGGGCAUUCCAGGAAAAGGUAUGAGAUAACGUGAUCCUAAUUUCACACACCUUGACUCCAUUCAACUAACUGAAUGAGGUGAAUACAAACACUGCAUGGGGAUGCAUAGAUGUAACUUGUAUUUUAUGGACACUGUCUGCCCUUCAUGUACUUUUGCAAACUCCUCAGGUAUAUUCUUAUAGUGUAUAAACCCAGGCUUUACUAAAAGUUAGCUAACAGCAGUGUCAAAAACUGUUUUUAAACAAAAGAAUGAAGGCCUGUUGGUUGCUCCAGGUCCAUUUACUACUCUGACUGCCAGUAUGCUUUUUCUUUCUUUUUUUUUUGGUCUCCUUUGUUGGAUUUGUUACAGACUUCUAACAUCGAAAAAGCACCAUACACUGAUUAACAGCAAGAAAAAGCAAAAAAAAAAAAAAAAAAUACAAAACCCGAUAAAACUGAUGAGUUGCAAAUGUAGGCAUCCAAUUUUAAUUUUUAUCUGAUACAAUAGCACAUGCACCAGUGGUAUUAAACAUGCUAUGAAAUUGAUUUGAGCUGUUGGUUGAACAAAUCCUAAGAAACAAACCACACUGUAAACUGAAAUAAAUGUUUUUUUCUGUUUAUUUCAA